GCUCAGUGCUUCAGUGUGUCUCUGAUUUUGAUGCAUGCAAGUGAAGCAAAAACUUUAAAUGAAACAAGAAAACAAAGAAAAAGAAAUUAUGAUUUAGAAAGAUAGAAACUUUGUGCCUUGUACUUGACAAGUUUUUAGCUUUGUCAGUAUUCAUCCUUGUGUUCUGCAUUUGGGUUCUGUUCUGUGAACUUUUCAGAGAAGAAAACCAGCGAGGAAUUGCUGGUUUUCAUUGAGGAGGGUUGAGGUCGUCUGAUAAUGUCAGGAAACAGCUAUUUAUGGUAGUUAAUUUGAUGGCUGAUUUGGGAUCAGAGUCUUAUGUUCAGUCCGAUACUUUUGGCCUAAGGCAAAUAAGCAGUUCAAUUUUUGGUAUUCCUGCGUUCCUUGUAGGUCUUAGUUCUAAAGGUCCUCCUGAUUUGGACUCUGUUAAGAGCCCUACAUCUCCUCUAGAUUUCAGAGUUUUUGCGAACCUUAGCAACCGAUUUGGUGUUAAAUCUCCAAGAUCAACAUCCCAAAAUGGCCAUCAAAUGAAGUGGAAUGGUAGUGAGGUUGGCCUUGGAAUCAUAAAUUCUCUUGUUGAGGAAAGCAAAUCAAGUGGUGAAGUUCUUGAGUCAUUAAAGAGGAAAAACGUCAUUUUUGGGCCACAGGUGAAGGCUAACAAUCCUAAGUCCUCAAGUCAUUAUCAUGACUCAGUUAAACCUUCUGUGAAAUGCAGUUCUUUGCCUAGAAACUACAUGAUUUCUACAGCUUCACAAACAGAAACUCCCAACAUCCGAUUGGGUAGAUCAAAUGGUGUUUGUGAGCAUGAAGGAUUCCCAUUAGAGCCUGAAUCAUUAAACAGUUCUCCGCCUUGUCUGUUGGAUUCAACAAGGUUUUCCUCUCCUCGAAUCUGCUCAAGUCAAAGCUCAAAUAUGCAUUCCAAAGCAUUUUAUUCAACAGAUCAAACUACCACAAUUAGUGCACCACUGGUUAAUGACAGAAGUUCCCUAGUGGAUAUUUCCCUAGGCCCUAAGUCAAAUUCUCUUCCAAUACCCAUUGCUUCUGGCAACAGAUAUGUUGGCUCUCUCUCUGCACAUGAAAUAGAGCUUUCUGAGGAUUAUACUUGUAUAAUAUCUCAUGGUCCAAAUCGUAAAACAACUCAUAUUUUUGGUGACUGUGUUGUGGAAUGUCAAACUCAUGAGUUGGCCAAUUUUGACAAGGAAGAGCAGCAGAUUCAGUUGCCCGAAGACACUAGGUGCCUGAAGGAUUUAACCCCUUAUCCAUCUGAUGAGUUUUUGAGCUUCUCUUACUCAUGCAAUAAAAAAUUGGAAAAGGGUGAAGACAUUUAUAUGUACAGAGGUGAAAAAGCAUUUUGCAGUUUUGAUUGCCGUUUGGAGGAGAUUUUUGCUGAGGAGGAAAUAGAGAAAAGUCACAGCAAUUCCUCCAAAAGCUCUCCUAGAUCAAGCUACCAUGAAGAUCUCUUCGUAAUGGGUAUGCCCAUGACAUGAUGGACUGUCAUUUUUUCCCAUGCUCCCAUAUCCGUGAGUGAUGAAGUUGUCACUGAGCAAUGUGUCCAUAUCAUCAAAAACCGCAGUUUAUGUGAAUCUGCCUACAGCCAUGGAUGAUCACAGCUUAAUCGUGCUGUUUGUGGACUGUGUUUCAGUUUUCAUGGUAUGGUGAGUCAUUGGAGACAACAGCAUAGAGUUCCAUUCUGUGUCGGGGUCUAGACAAAAAUCUUAGACUUUCUUUUUUAUUUCAUAAUUUUGAUCAGAUGGGUUAGCAGUGGCCAAAAGCCCCGAUUCAUCAACUUUGUUUUCAUCUUCUCUUGCGAGCUUUCCCAGAAAGAGUUCAUGUCGAAUCCUUUUAGAGAUCUAUUGAACUCAUUAUUACAUUCUGUAUUUUGUUACUGUUUUAUGCAUCUGAGUCUUGAUGUUUUGAAUUCAAUAAUAAAAAGAAUGAUUGCAGAUUUUACUUGCCAA